GAUUUCUUGUAUUGGGAUGACAUUUGUUAUGAGUCGUGGUAUCGGAUUCUACCUGCUACAGACAUAUCUGCCAAGCGUUCUAAUCGUGGUAUUGUCGUGGAUGAGCUUUUGGAUCGAUAUUACCUCCACUCCGGCAAGGGUGACUCUGUGUACUACGACUGUGCUGACCAUGACAACGACCAGCGUUGGUAAUAUCGAUGGCCUGCCUAAAGUGUCGUACAUCAAGGCUAUUGACAUAUGGUUUGCUGCGUGCCUCUCGUUCAUUGUUGGUAUCUCAUUUGAAUAUGCAAUUGUUAACUACUUUUGGACACGUGAAAGGUCACCAACGACGGGCUUUAAGGAUAUUAAGAUAUCGAAAAUGUGGCGCCAGUGCAUUGAUGCCGAGAUGACCUCCUCGAUGCGUUCGGAUUUACGAGAAAGACGCGACAGUACGGAGAAGAGCCAUCCGUUUGACACUUCCAGGGCCACCCUGGAUGGGGAGAUAUACGGCAACAGGUCACGACGUGCUAUGGAAGUCAGGGUGAGCCCGGAACCUCCGACUGUGAAUGAAUUUGAAAUACGCACGCGCCAACUGGCCCGUGAUAUCGAUAGAACCGCACGUUGGGGAUUUCCCAUGGCGUUUAUUCUGUUCAUCAUCGUCUACUUCUCGUAUUAUCUGCGGGGUCACAAUGUGUUUUUCGAGUGAACGCCACGCGAUCACGUCACCAUGAAUGCGGAUCUAAAACCACAGCCAGACUAAUUGAUCUUACGACUUUUACAUAUGAACGGACGACCAAACUUGUUAUUUACUUAUUAAUGCUGCCAGCAGAUUUAACAGUGUAGGAUAAUGAUUAAAACACACUAACUUCACUUGCUCAUUAAACGACAGAAUAAGACGAACAAACGUUGGAGCAUGGGACA